AUGUCUAAAGUGCCUCCUCCUCCAGCACACGGCAUUUCUUCAGCACUGAUCAAGAAGAAACACAAAAAGAGAUUUACAAUUUCAACUGAAAAUAUAUUGCAACAAAAUUCUAUUAAUCGUUCCGAAGAUGAAGAAAUUAAAAGAAAGAAUAAUUAUCAUCAUGAGGGCCGUGUCCUGAUCAUUCCGCAACUACAUUACGGAUUGGAAAAGAUUGGAACCAAAAUUACAUUAAUGGAUAGGGAUAAUUUACUCACUCAUUCUCCAACAUUGAUUAGUUUUGGAGGUUAUUCAGUGUUUGGAGGGAUUAUAGAUGUACAAUUAUUAUAUUUAGAUUUGGAACCAUCAGAGAGUGGUGAAUUAAAUGUUGAAUUUGAGUGGAAAUUGUUGGAUGAAGGAAACAGUGAAUUAAUCAAUUUGGUUACUGUUUCAAAUUUAACAUUCCAUUAUUGUAAACAGAGACAAUCUCUAUUACUAUUCAUACCAACAGAUCAUGUAAAUAUUUUUGAGUUUAGUUUAACGAGUAGGACUUGGGAAAAAUCUAAAUUUAUUUCACCGUUCUAUGAUUCGUAUUUUCUAAUCGAUAGGGAUGAGAAACAUUUAAUUGAUAUUAUGAGCAGUGAUUCAAUGUAUAUUAAUUGUUAUGAGUUGAGUGGUGUAUUUUCUAAUAUGGACAAGAAAGGAGUGGAGCUUCCAACACCAAAAUCAAGGAUGAAUGCAAUUUUAGAGGAGGAAUUGGUCAUCCAUCGAGAUGCAACUUUACCAAUUUUAGAUGAACAAAAGAUAUUAAUUUUGAGUACUAUGAGUAGAGGACAAAAUUAUAAUUAUAUUUCCAAAUCACCAGAUCUGUUGACCAUUAAUCUGAGUGGAUCGAAUCCAUUCGAGCAUUGUAAAUUAUUCGAUGAAAUUGGAAGUAAACCAACACUCGCUGAAUUUCCAAAAAUUGAUAAGUUACAGAAAUCAAAGGUAUUGAUAUCUGUAUUUAAUAAUACUAAAAAAAGAAUGGUUUUAUUUGUAAAGGAUGUAAGCAAGCACGGUGUUGAGGAAUUAAGAUAUAAUCCACUACCAAUAGAGUUGAAACGACAUGUCUUAUUUGAAACAGUUUCGUUUGGUUUUAUUACAAAGAAAAAUGAAAGGCGAAUACUUCUAAUGCCCAGCAACGAUUUAAUAUUCAUCAUCAAGAUUGAUUAUUUUGCUAUUUCCUUUGCAUUUCCAUUUAUUUCUAAUAUGAGGAUACUGCUUCCAAUUAGUGAUAUAAGCAUUAUUUGUAAAUAA